AUGUCCUACCUCCCAGGCCUGCUCACCCUCCACCACUCCCUCAACCACCCAUCCCCAGACCCGAGCACUACAUCCCCAGCAAAUGAAGGCACGAAAUACCCCUUCGUAGCCUUAUACACCUCAACCUUCCCCCCAGAAGGCCUCAAAGCCCUCGAAAGCCGCGGCAUCCAAGCCCAAUGGGUCCCCAACGUCACACCCGCCAGCACGCGCACCUACACGCAAGAUCCGCGGUUCGCCGAAACAUGGAACAAACUCAUUGCCUUCUCACUGGAGCAGUAUGAGCGCGUCGUCCUCCUGGACGGCGACAUCCUCGUCCGCCGCAACAUGGACGAGCUGAUGGAAUUGCCGCUCGACAGCGACGCCGAGGGGAACAGGGUAUUCGCGGCGGCGCAUGCAUGCGCCUGUAACCCCAUGAAGAAGGCGCAUUAUCCUGCCGAUUGGGUUCCCUCAAACUGCGCUUACACAACGCAGCAUGAUAUGCCCGCUGAAGCGCAACGCACGGCACCGCUGCCGGAAUCCGGUGUUGGGAUGCUGAAUAGCGGCGUGUUGGUUGUGCGGCCAUCUGCGCGCGUGUAUGAAGAGAUUACUUCGGCGCUGCAGGAGACGGAGCGGAUCGAGCGGUAUAUCUUCCCGGAUCAGGAGCUGUUGUCGGAUGUAUUUGAGGGCCGGUGGGUGGCGCUGCCGUAUGUGUAUAAUGCGCUGAAGACGCUGCGGAUAGAGGGCGUGCAUGAUCCCAUUUGGGAGGAUGCUGAGGCUCGUGCUGUGCAUUAUAUCUUUGCUACGAAGCCUUGGCAUGAGGAAGUCAAGGAGGGGGAUUUGUCGGGCUUGGAUGAGACGUUGGUUUGGUGGUGGAGGGCUAAUUGGGAGAGGAUGGGGAUUGAACGGUUGGCUGGUGUGGAAGAUGAGUUUUCUCGGUCUAAAUGA